AUGGGGAUGCUGGUGUUGUUGCCUCUGGGGAUGCGGAUGCGGAUGCGGAUGCGGUUGCCCCUAGCGAUGGGGCUGCUGUGGUCCCUCCAGCUGGGUACGGUGUGGGGAGCGAGUCUGGGGGGCGCUGCUGGCAACGCCUCCUCAACUUUUGGGGCGUCAGUGAGCCCCAUCCUACAACAGACGACAGCGGAACCCGUAGUGGAGGAGGAGGAACAGGUCAACACGACAGAGGUCGCCAGCACCACAGAGACUGGUGCGGAGCUGAGUUGUGGGUCGCUGCUGCCGCCGCGGAGGGGUUCCUACUACGUGGAGGUGGGCACGGGGUCGUCCCUGGGGUCCGUCCUGGUGUUCUGGUGCCGCGAGGGGUACCAGCUGGUGGGCCGGGAGAGACUCUCAUGCGUACUGCACAACGGCAACGCCCGGUGGAGCCACACCCGGCCAACAUGCGAAGGGCUGCCUGUGCCGGACGGUCACGGUCUGCGCAUGGCCAUCGUGGUGGCAGCGGUGAGCGGCGUGGUCAUCAUCUUCCUCACCGUGGCCUUCGUCGUGUGCUGCAUGAGGGACCAGCAGCAGGUGAAGAAGAAGAAGAAGAGCCAGCACUCCAGCAGGAGCAGGGGCAGGCCGAGACGGAGAGCUAUGCCCAGAAGGAGUGCGGCGUGGCAGGAGAGGGAGCCGGGCGACUGGGAGGUCUUCCCCCCACCCAAGAUCUACAACCUCUCUCAGCAGCUGGAGCCCCCCCACGCCAACGCCGGCAGCCCCGUCUAUGGACCCGCCCGGGGGUACGAGAACAGGGGAUACCUCAGGAGUCAGGACAGCCUGGUGCGUAGUCCUCCGGGGGCCAUGUACCGCUCCGAUGCCCAGCUGUACUCUCACCUGAUGCUGCAGAGGGCCGUGCCAGACAGCCCCGCCUACCUCAACAUCUCAGCCCCGCCCACCCUCAAGAACCCACAGCGCCCUCGCCCCUAG